AUGUGGGUUCCUCUCUGUCUUCUCACACAGGAGAUUUUCGCCUGUUUUACAGACCUCGUCAUCACUUCUAAUCCGGCUAAGGCACAGAUUCAGCUGACAUUUACGGUCAAUAAAACACUUGAUAUUGCUUGUAGUGCCCUUCCAAACACGCCACAGAUACAGCUUAAAACUGGAACGUUAACGUUUACGACGAAGCCAGGAUGGAACUUUAAUGUCAAUGGACCCAAAUCAAUUGUCCUUCCGUGCCCGGACAUGAAUAAUGCAAUUACAGAUUGCAUCCCUGCCAUUUCAUCUAUGUCCAGUGCAGAGUUUAGUGUCACGAGUACCACUUCAGGCAGCGCCUUUCAGUACUCGGCAGUCGUCCCUACCAUUAUUGUCUCUAGAUUCGAUUACAAUAACUGCUGGGCCGAAAUAGACAUCCUGCAAAGCGUUUAUGAAGAUGAUGGCGCCAUGGACAUUAAUGUCAAGCCGCUGUAUUGUGAUAUUCCAGCAGAAGCCAAGCUCUAUGCCAUUUUCCGUAUCUCCGAAGUCGAAACAGCCACAUUUCCAUUGGAGCCUCAGAGCACGAGGGCAGGUGGAUAUGCUCCUCUAGCCUCAGAAUACAUACACACCAAGGCACAAACUUUUAAGAUAAAUUGCAGCACCAUCUCUUCGUCCCCUGCGUCUAAGCAGAAAAUGACAACUGCUGAAUGCACUCGGAUCUUCCGCACCUUUAUUAGCUAUCCCUAUCACCUGGCACGCCUGGGCGCCUCCUUCAGCUUCACCAAUUCAAGCUCCACGGGCGGUGUUGUGGUGAUGCAACCCUCCACAAAUCUGCGCGACAACUCAACAGCUCUUUGUUUCAGCACCGCAUCUGUGCGGCUCUACAGAGACAAGAUCUGCAUGGAACUUGGAGCGCCCACCGCGGAGUCCUCAGCGUGCACGUUGGCUGGAGACGUAAAAAGCACCUACUUUUACUUUAGCUUAUCAGACAAUGUCGAUCCGUUCUACGCUAGCGUGAAGUGCUACUAUACACGACUGGAUCCUGAUUUCACGUUUGACACAUCCGUUAGGAGCCGGUACUGGUAUACUUGUAAAGAUAAGACGUGCAAGGAUACGUUCGCGUCCAUAAUCGACCACCGCAACACCUCUGUCGCCAAGUACGGCGUCUACAUGACAAACUUGGCUGGUCAGGAAGUGAAGCGCUUGCUCUUCACCGCUCAUCCCCCCAAUGUUACUUGCUUUGCCGACAUGUAUGCCGAGGUGAUGGAUGACACCCUCUGCAUACAUGCUACCUUGCCGCCGAACGAAGACCAUUGCAAUAUCCUGGAGCUCCCAUCCACCACAACGUUUAAAGUCAAGCUCUGGUACACUGCCGGCUCCGGAAUAGAGUCUGCUAGUGUCAGUUUAGCCGGUGAAUUCAAAUAUACCGGUGUCUUCGCAAACUUACUAUGCUUUACAUGCUCCAACAAUUGGGUUCCAAACGACAAGUAUUUCAAUGGCAAGUACUGCAGCUCGCAGCUCUCCUUUAUCAAGUCACAAUAUAAGAAGCUGCACUCCUACAUCACCGUCGAGAUAGGCGAUAUUGUAGAGGUCCCCGACAAUGUCUAUUUUCUUGAUAACAGGGGCCUUCUCAUAACUUCUUUGGUUUUGGCGUUGAUUAGUGUAAUUGUGACUGUAACAAUUGUUACGUUGGAGUUCUUGCAGAUUUGUAAAAAGCAGGGGCGCGGAAAAUGA